UGCAAGCACCUUUGACAAGACUGCCAUACCCAGGACAUUACAGUGGGAACACAAUGAAAUGUCAGAACAAAUGCUCAUGAGGCCCAAAGCCCCUCAGUCCAGUGACUUGAAUUUAGCUCGAAGACUAAACAAGCUUUGGAAAUACAUUGAUGCAACAGGACUUCAGAAAAGCAUGGAGGACCUGUGUGCCCAGCUGCUGAACAGGGCAGAGCUGCCAUGCAACCCAUAUCUGGGGUUUGUCCAUCGACUGCACCAGCAGGCAGAACGAUUUCGCUUAAACAACACCUUGCCAAUUGAAAGAAUCCUUUCUGAUUUGAACUUCCCAACAUUUUCCACAGCCAUUGGAUACAUAUCAGGUUCCAGGAAUUCUACCCAUGUAUGGGGCCUGCCCAGCUUGUUACGCUGUGUCUCUCCAGCUCAUAUUAAACAGUACAGCUGGUUAGUGGAUGAUGUUACACCUCCCCUGGCUACCCUGCAUCAUACAAGUACUUGCACCGUCCAGGUGCUGUGUGCACUCACAGGAUCGAGCAUAUUUACAGGAACUUUCUAUGACCUCCCCCCUUCUGUCGAUAUCCUCAUAAUUUUUGUUGUCAUUGGUCCAAGCUACCAGAAGGCCAUAUCCCUCUAUGCAGAGUGCCUCCGGAAUGAUAUCAUCAGGAUGGUCCAAGAGCAGAAGCACGUUGUCUUCAGGUUAAUUGUUCCAAUUGACAAAAAUGGACAAAGUAAAGACUUCUCCAAAGAUGAGUUAUUGAACCAUAAUGAGACUUUCUAUACCAGCGUCCUGGCUGCUGUCUCAGAAAAGCAGCUCAUCCGACUCGAGUGUCUCUGGCAACUGAAUGCCACUGGCGAUGACUUUCACAGGGGUUUGAAACUCUACGGCCUGAGUGUGGUUCAGUCCUCUGAGGUGCUUGGAAAUGAGAGGAGUUUUGAUUUCUCGGAGCAACCUCUCAUCCACAUGUACACCAGUGUCUUCCUCCAACGGACCCAUGCUGAAGCCUAUCAUGGGUUAUUUGUCCUGAGAGAACAGGCGACAGAUAAAGACUUGCAACAACCACAGACUAAAGCUUCAUAUAAGACUCCAGGUGAUGAACGGGCAAAGCCUGCCCUGAAUCGCAUUUCAACCCCUUCCAAGGUGCCACUUCAUGGGUUUCAGUACACACACGAAUCAGACUCCAGCAGCAUCCUGGAACCUAUCAGAAAGAGUAUGAUGCAGAGAAUUGCCUCCACUCCUAUGAUCACAGGAGCCUUCGACAUUGCUCACCUCUCCAUACUGAUCAUUCUCAUGGAAUUGGGGAAUGUUGGAAAUCAGGAACAUGGACCUCAGAUGACAGACAAGGAUCAAGGUCUGCAGGAGGCAUUGAUACAGCUUGACAGGUUCUUACAUGGUUCAGCCUCUCAAAUGUGGACCAUCCUGAACCUAAUCCAGACAAUCUGCAUUCUACUGGAAUCGGACAAUGUGGAGGUCAAACGUGGGAAGAUCUACUCAAGCUUGGCAGGGAAAAUUAGAAAACUGCUCUUGGACUUUCUGAGAUUUGAUUACAGAAGUGUCUCGUCCAAUUUCAAAAUUCUCAGUAAAGCUUUGAAGAAGGGAUUGGAGUCAGCUUUGGACAGUUUAUCUGAAACACCCCACAGCAAACUGCUGGACAGCUUCAAAAUGGUGUUGUGGUAUGGAAUGGUGUCACUAAUUCAAUCAGUGGAGGACUCACUACCCUGGGUUCCAGUGCUAACUGAUAUGAAGAGACAAGCAGAUACUACCUUCCCGACAACAAGCCCAGAGAACAAUCAGGUGACUGGCAACAGUAAAUAUUCUCCCCAUGACACAGCGGGGCUUCUAUACAAUAAAGACUGCUACAUUAAUGUGUCUGAAAGUGCUUCGAAUGUAAAAGCUCCUGGACUCAGUCAUUUGGAUGCUGUCCUCACAAAGUACUGUGUUGACUGCCGGCUGGACUGGCACUGGGAGCAGUGUUUACAAGGAAUCUUGUCAGAAUCAACUCUCCCCCCAAAUCCUUAUCCAGUAGUAGCUUCCGAAUUCAUAAAGGCUUCCCUAAGGAUGGACCUCUGGCAAAAGAAAGAUGAGGAAAUUAUCCAUCAGACACUUCAGUUAACGUCUAAAUUUAUUGAUUGUGGAAACUACAUCUUUCAGGUCCCAGGUUUAGAAGUGUUUGGUUUGAAAAGUGCUCUAUGCCCAUUAAAUCCAAUCACAUUUGAGACUGUGCUCGGGCUCAUUACUUUGAUGGGAAAUAAGGACAUCCCGCAUCAGUAUCAAAGCUUCAAGGUAGCAGCCAGCCUAGGGGUGAACUCUUCAGCAACCUGGUUUGGGUCAUUAAGUCCAUUCCUUGACAUUUUGGAACUGACUGAAUUCUACUACUUAAAAGGUCCUACAGGCUGUGACAGAGAAGCACUUCAGGCGUGUGCUAAAAUAGUGCAGAGUCACCUGGAGGAAUUGCAGCAGCAGUUGAAGGGAGCACUGACGUUUACAAUGUGGCUUUCAGAGAGUCAGAGCUGGAGUGCUUCGGACAUCCUGACCUACCCAUCAGCAUUCAUAGAGGCUUUUGUGGGAAGUGCCGAGAAUGGGCGCCCAACGUACUUGAAGGUGCUUCUGUCCACUGCUGGCUUAUCGUGGUGUUACCUCCCCAUCGUGAAAUAUUUUGUGCUGUACUAUUUUGAGGAUCAAGAGGAAAGCUGGAGGUCUUAUCCCCAGCACGAGCCUGUUGCCAUUUACCAAAACGUUUUCCUUUCCAGGGAUGCUGCAGCAUUUCACUGCCAGAGAGUCGGCCCAGUUGGAGAUCCUUUCAACACUACUAACCAGCAAGAAGUGAUGGCAGGAUUGGAACCUCAAAUUCACAUGAGUUUCGUGAAAGAAGAUCUUCUAAUGACCUAUAGGUUAGCAGCGGUGAAGGGUCUGAUUGCUCAGCGCUUGGACACUAUCCCAGCAUGCUGGCGUAUGAUGCACAGUGUAGCAGCUCAACUUCAGCAUCUCAAUAGACUCAACGAAACCAUUCAGGAACUCCUAUCACUUGAAGCAAGGAAUGGCAUUAAAUCAAGGAAGGUGUCUGCUGACAUGCUCAAUUCCUCACAGCCCAACCUUUCAGAGGAGGCACUGCUGAGGUAUCAGACACUGCUACAAGUUACACUCAAAAGCCAAAGCUGCCCGGCACCCCAUAACCUGUCAGAGAUCGCUCUUACCAGGAUCCGGAUGGUCAAUGUCAGAAACAGCGUCAGUGGCUGCAACCUGCUGAAAGAGGUUGCCAUGAUGUGUCAGGCUGUGUCUGACAUUGUCAUGUGGGAGCUUCACGCUUUGUGCCCGGAAAUGGAACAGCUGCUCCGGUCACUGGACAAGCAGGCCUGGACGUUGUCAGUGCCCGUCACUUCACCAGCUCCACUGAGGUCAGGGAUAGCACACGGUUCAGCAACACCAGAAACCUGGGCAAGCAAUGAAUCUGCAACAGGUGCCAUUACUAACAAGAAAGCUCUAGAAGGCUGGUGACAAUUGAAAAUGCACAUGGUGUAACAUUUCUUAAAGGAGCAUCGAUGCCAGGAAUUUCUGUCUUGAAUUCCUCUGUAGCACCACUGAACUGAGUCCAUAGAGGGGUAGAAAAUUGGGCCUUCUUUUUCCUAUUUUUCUUGAGCCAAGUUUGAACAUUUUAGUGAACUUAGCUUGGACAACUUUGAGCCUCUACACAUCCAAAUAUAUCUGGCACAGUGGUUAAUACUGCUGCCUCACAGCGCCAGAGACCUGGGUUCAAUUCCCGCC